AUGCAAGUAUUCUUGAGAUUGCCGGUAGAGCAAUUUAUCUAUAUAUUUAAUUUUAUAUGGUGAUAGUAAAAACACAAAUAAGAAACAACAGCUGUUAUAACCUGUCAAGAAAAAGACGUAAAUAAAUUUUAUCAAAAUUGUAUAAAAUUUCAUAUCAUGGAGGAACAAGAUAUUCCUAUUGAUAUUAAUAGUGGGAAAUUAUUAGAAUGGUUAAUUAAUAGAAGACAUUGCACUAAAGAUUGGCAUGUAAUGGUUUUACCAAUUAGAGAAAAAAUUAAUAAUGCAAUACAAGAUAUGCCUAUUCAUGAAGGCAUUGCAAAAUUAUUAUCUGGUUCAUAUAUCAAUUAUUUUCAUUGCUUGAAAAUAGUAGAAAUUUUAAAAGAAACUGAAGCUGAUACAAAAAAUGUAUUUGGCAGAUAUGGUUCACAAAGAAUGAAAGAUUGGCAAGAAAUAUUACGUUUAUAUGAAAAAGAUAACAUAUAUCUUGCAGAAGUUGCACAAAUACUUAUAAGAAAUGUUAAUUAUGAAAUUCCAAGUACUAAAAAACAAAUUCAAAAACUAGAACAAAUACAAAUUGAAUUAGAAAAAAAAGAAGCCGACUAUAAAAAAUCAGAAAAUAUUGCUAGAUCAGAAUUUAAUUUACUUUGUAAGCAGUUAGGUAUUUCUGGAGAACAAAUAAAACUGGAAUUAACUGAGAAAGUAAAAGAACUUCCAGAAAUUUAUGAAAAAAUUGCCAAAAAAAUAAAAUCAUUAGAGAAAGUUGUAGAAUUUUAUUGUGCUUUUGUUAAUUAUACUCUUGGUAGACAGCAUGAUGGUGGUUGUGUUCCUAUGAUAAAAUAUAUAAUUGAUAAAGGAAAUACUACAACAUAUGAAUGGAUUUAUGGAGAAGCUCCACUAUCAGUUAAUGAACCACCUUUAAAUAUAAGUUUAAAUAAUGAUGAUUUAGAGAAUAAGAAAAUUGAAGAUAUUGAUAACAUUGGAAUUGAUUUUGGAAAAAUUGAUAUAAACAGUGACAUAAAUUUUGAAGAUAUAAUGUUAGAAGUUGGGGGUGAAAUUGAUUGGGGUGAUGAAAAUAUAGAUGAGGCUAUAGAAGAUGAAAAUAUAGAUUAUAAUAUUUCUUUAGAAGAAUCUGGUAUAGUUGUAGAAGCAGCUGGUCAUGAAGGUGGAAUUGCUACUGGUAGUAAAGCAUAUAGUAUUCUUGACAAUCCAUCAACUAGAAAUGAUUUUAUUAAUCAAUUAUUUGAAUUGGAAGCUUUUCUUAAAGUACGUUUAUAUGAAUUUAAAGGGGAUGAUAGUGUAAAUUUUUUAAGUUUCAGUCAACUACAAGAUUCAACUUCUAUUGUUCAGUAUUCUACAUUGGAAAAUACUCAAAAUAUGUUAGAUAAUGUUCAAGUUGUUUUAUCUGAAAUUUUGGAUACUAAAGUUCAACACUUACACAAUAUUAAACAUUCUGUAAGAUAUGUAGACGUUUUAACUUCAUCAUUGAAACAAAAAUUAAGUUUAGUUGAAAAAAUGAUAAUUUUACAAAAAAAUGUAAAAGAAAAACGAGAAAAUUCUAGUGAAGAUAUUAAUUCUAUUCGACCUUAUCUUCAACUUCUUAUACAAAGAACAAAGGAACUUCAAACAGAGAUCGAACAAGAUAUUUCAAAAAAAUAUAAAAACAGAAUUGUGCAUUUAACUGGAAGUAUAAAUAUGUUAUAAAUAA